GCUCACGUCAGGCUCACGUGAUCAAUCCUACGCUUCUCAAACCAGCUCAAACGCUCCGAACCGCGGCAUCAGAGUGCAAGAAGUGGUUGAAGCCUUUGAAUCUGAAUGACAAUACCGAUAUUAUCUUUUGAGCACUCAAUCCCUGCGGCCUGUUCGAGCCAUGUGGUUUCUCUGCGACCCUGACGCACAGUGUCACCUAAUAUGAAGCAGCUGGAUAACACCUACGGAGUACCUGUACCCCCAUCGUGCUCCGACUAGCGAUUAGCAAACGCGACAUUAUAUCAAACACUCGUGAGGCAGCGCGAUGGAUACUGACGAAGUCUUUGAACAUAUAGGGCCGUUUGGCAAAUACCAGUUCUAUGUGUACGCGCUAGGAUGGGUCCCGUCUAUCUUGGCCGGUGUUCACCAGCUUGCAAACGUCUUCCUGACAGCAACACCGCACCACAGGUGUUACGUAAAUGGUUGUGAUUCAAAAUCAUCAUCCUACGACAAUGCAAGCUGGAUCAGUUUUGCACUUCCCGAGCAACCUCCAGGAAAGUUGCAAUGCUACGCAAACGACAGGGUCAACAGUACGGGAAAUGAUACGUGCUUGCCGUCGGACUUCGUGAAUUCAACGCAUCAGUGCGACCGGUGGGUCUGGGACCAGUCCGAGUUUCACAGCACUGUAGUUAGUGAGUUUAACCUAGUGUGCAACGAUGGUUGGCUGGCGAGUCUGUCACAGUCCGUCCUCAUGGUGGGCGUGUUAGUCGCGGCCCUUCUCGUUGGCAACCUCACCGACAAGUACGGCAGACGACUGGCCUUUCUAAUCAUUCCGCCCCUGUAUCUGGCGUCUACGCUUGCCACAGCGUUUUCUCAAAACUAUGCCACGUUUGUGGUGCUCCGAUUUCUCUCUGCGUUUUGCUCGAGUGCAGUGUUUCAGACGUCAUACGUGCUCUGCAUUGAGUUUGUCGCCUCAUCUCAUCGUUUGUGGGGAGUCCAACUCUACCAGUUGGCGUUCUCGAUUGGAGAAUCCUUCCUCGCAGUGACCGCAUUCUGCAUUAGAGACUGGAGGAUGCUGGCUGUGGUGCUCUCUGUACCCGUGACCAUUAUGUUGCCUUUCUAUUGGUUACUUCCCGAGAGCCUUUCUUGGUGUCUGGCAAAUAACCGACAUAGUGAGGCCAUGCGAAUCAUGAAGAAAGUUGCCAGGUGGAACGGAAGAUCUCUGCCUGAAGAUUUUGUUAUCCAACCCUCCAGUCCGUCCAGCGAAAAGAGGGAACAGUCUUCAAUAUGCGAUCUUUUCAGAACCCCACGCAUGAGCUUCCGGUCUGUUAAUCUCAGCUUCAACUGGCUCGUAAACUCCCUCGUUUACUACGGGCUGAGCCUGAGUGCCGGAAGCCUCGCAGGCGACACCUACGUCAACUUUGCAGCCAUGUCGCUGGUCGAGAUACCCGCAGUGCUGCUCUGCACCACUGCUCUGCACUGGGUGGGCAGAAGAAAAGUGCUCUCAACGCUGUUGCUUCUGGCAGGGACUUUCUGUACAGUCGUCGCCGUCCUUCCAGGACAUAUGCCGGUGUUAAAAACUUCCCUGGCAACAAUGGGAAAAAGCAGUAUCGCGGGUUCAUUCGCCCUCAUCUACAUGUACUCCGCCGAAAUCUACCCGACGUCCCUGCGGAAUACCGGCAUCGGGUUGGGCAGCAUGGCUGCGCGCAUAGGGAGCAUAGCUGCGCCGUUCGUGGCUUCUGAUUUGGGCAAACUUCAUCCGAGAUUGCCCAUGGUGGUCUUCGGAGGUAUGUCUCUGCUGGCUGGGCUGCUCACCUUGGCCCUACCAGAGACAAGAGGAAUGAAGUUGCCCCAAACGCUGGAGGACGCAGAGAAGCUCGGAACGUCGAGUCCGUCUGUCAGCGAGGAGAACGUAUGCCUUAUCGACGAAGCGGGCGACACCGGCGUGUCGUCUGCAACGUGACUUUUUAGUAACGAUUUUUUUUGCAUGAUUUUUUUUCCUAACUGAGCAUACUCAGUAAUUUUGUCAUAGUCACCUCUUUUUUUAAAUGACACAGGGCACAAUUCUUCUCUUAAUUUAAUGACAAUGUACUGUUACGACAGUUAUGCCAUAGUGUAUUUUGUGACAUUCGCCACAAUUUUACGUUCGACACAAUAUUCCCACUUUCAGUGACGCAAGGUAAAUUUUUCUCAAUUUCAUGACAAUGUCGCAUUAGUAUAAUGGUUGUGCCUUACUUCCCCGUGGACAGUAUUGCAUUUUUUAUGUACAGCGUUUAUUAUAUGCAAUUUCUAAAAACAUAUUUACACAAUUUGUUUUAUAAUUAUAUGUACAACUACUGCUUGUAUAUAUUUUUGCUGUCAAGCUCUGAAACGUCGCCUUUGGCACAACUCAGAAAUAGUUGGCAGGCAGGUGCGAGAUGCAGACACUCUGGUCCCAACUGCAAUCCGCAAUCUGCAAAGAAUUAUCAUUCUAUAAAGAUAACACGGAAGCGAAACGUAGAGAGAAUACCUGUCCCCUGACGUGAAGGUUAAAAUCUAGCCCGAAGACAAAUUCCUUGUGGUUUUGGAGAACCAUCAGCGCUUCUGGUGAUUUCUUCCAGUCCCAUAUCCUGAGUUGCAAUAAAAUUGUUACAUUAGA